AUGGGGUUGACGGUGGAGGAGGUGGAGAAGAUGAUGAGAAUAAUUGGGUGGAAAGGAAGAUUGCUGAUAAGGGUCGCAGGUCAAGCUAUCCAGGUCGAAACAUACUUCCAUCUCGUCGUUACCAAGCAGAUGAGUCGAUUCUACACUGCGCCCGUAAGGAAGAGUAUUCUUAAUAACCAGGUCGUCUCCUUGAACACCGCAUACCGCCCCUCGGGCAUCAGUUUCCACAUUAACACGCCGACCUUCACCAUCAAGGACGAGUGGGCGACUGACCUGCAGAGCACUAAUAUGAAGAAAGCCCUCCGCAAAGGCAGCUAUUCGGCGCUGAAUAUUUACUUCCAGAGUAAUCUGUCGAGUAAUCCUGGGGGAGGGAGUGCGGCUGGUGCGGCGACGUUGUUGGGCUACGGCGGCCAAACCUACGAAUACCCAAAAGCCGACUACGCCACCGACGGCUGCAACAUCCUCGCCUCCUCCAUGCCCGGCUCCCCCAUGGCCGUGUAUGGGUACGACCGCGGGAAAACGGCGGUGCAUGAGGUCGGCCAUUGGUUUGGCUUGCUGCAUACGUUUCAGGAUAAUAGUUGUUUGGCCAGUAGUGAGGGGGAUUAUGUGGAUGAUACGCCGCAGGAGGGGACUAGUACCGUGGGCUGUCCAAGGGGCAAGGAUAGUUGUCCGCUUGUUGAGGGAUUGGAUCCGAUUACGAAUUAUAUGGAUUAUUCGAUUGAUGAGUGCUUCCGUCUCACUGUCCUCCGUGUCAUUGCAAAUGUUGUGUCACUCACGCGCGCAAGUCUCGGAUACGACAGGCCUAGAAAUGAUCUAUCAUUGAUCUAUUUUGGACGUCUAUGCUCACGUUCUCUAGUGUCAUCUGAUAUUACUGCAAUCAGGACACUCCUAGGAGUAUACCACAACGCCUUCUCCACCCCAGACAUCGACGACAUCCUCGCGCUUCACAACGAAGAAGCAAUCGUCAUACUUCCAGUCCUCAGUAAUCCAGCAGAGGGUGAAGAUGCCGUUCGUGCAGCGUACACAGCUGCUCUUGGCACUACUCGAUCUGCGACAACCCAACCGCGAUUGCAAGCCCAAGCUCCGACUGAGCAACAAUCUCAAACAUCUGGGAAAGGCAAAGGAAAAGGCAAGGGUAAAGGCAAGCGCCCACGCGACUCGGAUCCCGAUCCUGUACUCGAAGAAGGUGGGCAAUUUGAAGGUUUGAUUGUCCAACGACAAGCAGUCGGGGAAAUGGAUGUUCUCGAAAUCGUACCAACUGCACCAGACUGGGGUUUCGCGCGCACCGAGUUCAAUGCACCUACGGCCACAGCGGUAGAGGCGGGACAAGUAGAGCCUCUAGUAGGACGCAAGUGGCAUGGCAUGUUCAUUUUCCGAAAGACGGAUCCAGAAUUGCUCUACCAAGGAUGGCGAAUUGCUCGGUUGGUUUUCACUUCUCCUCUCUCUAUUUCAAGAGUACCCGGGAGUGAAGGCUUGGGGCUGACUAUGACGCCAGGGUCAUUUUCACCCGCACAUCGGGAGAAGGAGGAAGAAGGAGGAGGCAAGAGGAGGAAGGUGACGACUAGUGAGCGGAGGGAAGAGCUGGAGGAAGAGCCGGAGGAAGAGGGGGCUGGAUGA